AACAAAACGACCAUACAUACAAUUCUUACAGUUUUGCACGAGAGAGAAGAGCAAAAGAUUUCAUCUAUAAAUAACUGCUUUUCCCUCUCAUAUUGCUUUUUCUAAGAACACCCUCUCCUUUUCUCUAAUACUCAAGUCUUAUUAAGUAAAAUCAUAUGGAUUCUCAUUCAUAUACCAAACACAAGAUGGAGUCUCUACAAGAUGAGCUGGAACGUACCCAGAAAGAGAACGAAACUCUUAGAUUUAUGCUUGAAGUUAUGAGCAGGAAAUUCAGCACCCUUCAAGCUAACUUUCAAGAAAAGAAGGUACAAGAAACACCGAGUAGUUCAUGCUAUGAGGUGUAUGAAUCCAAUAAGAGACCAAGAAUUGAGAUUCCUUUGUCCAAGCCUUCACAAAUCUUUGUUAGAACUGCCUCAAAAGACAAGAGCCUUAUUGUGAGAGAUGGUUAUCAAUGGAGAAAGUACGGCCAGAAGGUUACUAAAGAUAAUCCAUCACCUAGAGCUUACUUCAGGUGUUCCAUGGCCCCUGGUUGCCCUGUCAAGAAGAAGGUGCAAAGGUGUGCAGAAGACAAGUCAAUACUAGUUGCAACUUAUGAAGGAGAACACAACCAUGAACCCAAUGAUUCACCUGCACAGUCUGUAUAUUCUCCUGAUAGUUCAUCAAGAAGCUCAAGGACUACUAUUUCUUUUCAACCAGCUGCUGUUGGCCUUGAUCUUACUCUCUCAAGUUCCAUUCAUGAUAAGGAGAAACUUUCUCAGAGUCUCAAGGAAGACAACAAAUGCAGCAACUUCAAUAGUGGUAAGGUUGAAGAAUAUGUGGCAUCUCUCACCAAAGAUCCCAACUUUACUGUUGCUGUGGCUGCUGCUGUUGCAAGGUCUAUGAGUGGCCAGCUAUAUAGUCCAAGACUACUGUGAAGAUCUCGGUACCUUAUGUUAUCAUGUAUUUCACUUUAGAUGUAAAGGGAAUUGAUGAACAAGAUCAAUUAGCUUUUUAGCUA